AUGGCUGAACUAAGCUUGGUCGCCAAAGGUCUGGGGGAGUCCUCAAGAACUUCCGGGAAGCAGCAGAGGGCAGGCAAAACCCGCCAGCGAAUGUACUGCGCGUCGCUGCUCAAUAAAGCCGUCACUCUGCUAGAGAAAUUUCAUCCGGCCGCUCACACGGCUGAAACUUUUGCACAGGAAUGCUUGAAAAACGAAACGGCGGAAGACGCUGUGUUCAUUGAAGAAGUGUUCUACGGGGUACUAGUCAACGCGCCGUUCCUCAAAGCGGCCGCCAGUGCCUUGCUACGGCAAAGAACCACGGGGACACAGAAGAAAGAACAGUGGCUCUACAUGGUAAUCAUCUUUCUCCUGGUUUUCAAGAUUGAUGAGAUCGGCUACCCGCUGUUCUCUAGCUUCGUCCGGAGCUGCCCUGCGCUCCCCAUGUACCUCCUGCUCGAUUUCGUGUUUGACGAAGAAUCCCUUGUGAGCUUCGCGCGACCAGAAUGGCUACAACACUACGACGCGGCCUACGUUGAUCACAGUCUCAUACCGCGGCUCCAGAAACACGCGGGACCUCUGGCGGGGUUGGUGCAGUCCCUAAAGACUCUGAGUACCGCUGGAGCUGCCGUCGUUGCCUCCAACGCGAAGGUCACGCCAUCCAGUCAGGGAGACUCGUCUUCUUCCGUUGGCAGGCUCAUCGAGGGGGGGAGACUAUCAGCCAUCUUGACAGAUUUCGGCUACUCGGAGAAAAUUGAUAGGCAUUCCGCAUCUGGAUAUCAAAAUGGAGAACAUCAGGCCACUUCGUGUCCCGAGAGUACGUCGCAGUCUCUCCGUACUUCGCACGAGCCCAAGCCGUCGACUGGCAAACAGAAAGACCUUAUUUUCUCGCAUGAUUCCUCUGGUGAGAAGCACGCUGAAAGAGUGGCAAUCAGUUUGCCUUCCCCAAGCUUGCCGCUACCACUUGACUGCGAAGAGGAGUCAGCUCCCGCGAAGACGGGGGCUUCGAAGACAAAGAAAGAGGCAGUUUCUCGCUCCUCUCAGGGAGCAAAGACCGUCCAGUGGCAUCCCGCGGAUCAAUUCAGCGGGCCCGCGAGGGAUGAUGGCUGCUCAAGCUCCCCAGGGAGCCCGCAGUGCCUCGUGGGCAGUUAUUCAGAGCCGCUGCAAGAAACCGACCAAGGCAAACUCGCCGUCAGCGCUGCGGAGAACGGCACGGCACAGAAGUCGAGAGGCGAUGAGAAAGAGGACGACGAGGAAGACGAAGACGAGGACUUCUGGACGAAGGACGUCGACGGCGAGGAGGCAUUUCUUGGUCGCAAGGAAGAACGAAAGAGACAGAAAAAAGGACCACUGCAGGCAGCGUUCCGGCAGUGGACCCUGAGCCGCCCGUCUACCUUCCAAGAGCUGGUUGAUGAAGCGGAAGCACGAUUCAAAGAAGAGUGCACUUUCAGGCCAAGCUCCAGGCGAAAGAUGCCGGUCUUCGAUAAGACAAAAGCUCCGUGCGAGGAGUACAAAAUGAUCAAGCAAUACGAAAUCGACAAGCGAGACGGUCGGGCGUUUGCCGAGUGGCAACAGAAGGAACGAAAGAAGGAGGAGGAGCAGAGGAUCAAAAAUAUCGCGGCAAAGCGGGUCGUAGCGCAACUUGCAAGAGCACAGGGUAUCCACGCCGCAGCGUUGGCUGGCCUCCAUCGCGCUCGGGCAGUGCGAAGCCUUCGCGAAAUCGCCUCAGCUUGCGAGAGGAUUCGACGGGAACAGCAAGCUCAGGAGCAAGCACAGCUCGCUGAAAAGGCGCGUACCGCGAGAGAAAUGAUGCGCUCGUUAGCUGCAACAGCAAAACAAGCAAUGGAGGCAAGACGGGAACAAGUGACUGAGGAAAAGCUCAAACGGACGAAGGAGCAGGCGCGAGCCAUGAGAUUCUUCACCCCGUACGGUGCAGUGCGACGAACCACAUUGCGCCCCUGGUCGGUGCGCAUGGUGUGGGUGAGGCAGGCUGGCCGCUGA